AUGGGUGACGUACUAAUAUCGGAUCGCCCACCGUCACCGGCGAGACUAUCACACACCUCGGAAAAGCAUCCCCGGGUGACACUGCAGGAGCUGAACGUGUUGCGCCGUCACCGGGAGCUCUGUGACGUGGUAAUCAAUGUGAAGGGACGCAAAAUAUUCGCCCACCGGGUUAUCCUGUCCGCCUGCAGUCCGUACUUUCGUGCGAUGUUUACUGGCGAGUUGGAAGAAUCGCGCCAGACUGAGGUUACCAUCUGUGACAUCGACGAAAACGCGAUGGAACUGUUAAUUGACUUUUGCUACACGUCCCACAUCGUGGUGGAGGAAUCGAAUGUGCAACCGUUGCUACCGGCCGCCUGUCUGCUGCAGCUGGCCGAAAUACAGGACAUUUGCUGCGAGUUUCUGAAGCGCCAGCUCGAUCCGGAAAACUGUCUCGGCAUAAGGGCGUUCGCGGAUACACACUCCUGCCGCGAGCUGUUGCGAAUUGCAGACAAAUUCACCCAGCACAACUUCCAGGAGGUGAUGGAGAGUGAGGAGUUUCUGCUGCUUCCAGUUGGCCAGCUGGUGGACAUAAUAUGCAGCGACGAGUUGAACGUACGAUCGGAGGAGCAGGUUUUCAAUGCCGUUAUGGCGUGGCUCAAAUAUAAUGUUGCCGAUCGAAGACAACAUCUGGCACAGGUACUGCAGCACGUACGGAUGCCACUGCUCAGUCCAAAGUUUCUGGUCGGCACGGUUGGUUCGGAUUUGCUGGUACGAUCCGACGAAGCCUGCCGGGAUUUGGUGGACGAGGCGAAGAACUAUCUGUUGCUACCACAGGAACGACCGCUAAUGCAAGGACCCCGUACGCGACCGCGGAAGCCAACUCGCCGCGGUGAGGUACUGUUUGCGGUUGGUGGCUGGUGUUCGGGUGAUGCGAUUGCUUCGGUGGAACGAUUCGAUCCAGAAACGGCCGACUGGAAGAUGGUGGCUCCGAUGAGUAAGCGACGGUGUGGAGUUGGUGUGGCGGUGUUAAACGACCUGCUGUAUGCGGUCGGUGGACACGAUGGUCAAAGCUACCUGAACAGCAUCGAACGGUACGAUCCACAGACGAACCAGUGGUCGUGUGAUGUGGCUCCAACCACCAGCUGCCGCACGAGUGUUGGUGUGGCCGUGCUGGAUGGUUUUCUGUACGCUGUCGGUGGUCAGGACGGUGUGCAGUGCUUGAAUCACGUCGAACGGUACGAUCCGAAGGAGAACAAAUGGGCGAAGGUGGCCCCGAUGACAACACGAAGGCUCGGCGUUGCUGUGGCUGUGCUCGGGGGUUAUCUGUAUGCGAUCGGCGGUUCCGAUGGACAGUGUCCGCUGAACACGGUCGAGCGGUACGAUCCGCGACAGAACAAAUGGUGCGCCGUCAGUCCGAUGUCGACGCGAAGGAAACAUCUCGGCUGCGCGGUGUUUAACAACUUCAUUUACGCCGUGGGUGGACGCGACGACUGUAUGGAGCUGUCGUCGGCGGAACGAUACAACCCACACUCCAACUCCUGGAGCCCGAUCGUCGCGAUGACGUCCAGGCGCAGUGGGGUUGGACUAGCGGUGGUAAAUGGUCAAUUGUAUGCUGUUGGUGGCUUUGACGGCACUGCCUAUCUGAAGACGAUCGAGGUGUACGAUCCCGAAACGAACCAGUGGCGCCUUUGUGGCUGUAUGAACUAUCGCCGGCUAGGCGGUGGUGUUGGUGUGAUGCGUGCUCCCCAGACCGAAAACUACAUGUGGAUUCGCAAAGAUUCCGUUGUUUAA